GGAUAAAAAUCCUCUUUUUCAAAUAUCUCUGUGCCGGGAAACUCCAUGGAAAACGAACUGCUGAGAUUAUUGGGGAGAUGUGGAAGAGUGUUCCAAUUGAAGCAAAUUCAUGCUCAUAUUCUCGUCCAUGGCUUACAAUAUGGAGCCUUUAUACUUCCGAAGCUUCUCUCUCUCUCCGCUGAGCUCUGUUCGCUUCAAUAUACCGUUAGCGCUUUCUGGGCUGCGAAGAAUCCGACAGUUGUCGCCUGUAAUACUAUGAUCAAGUGCUUCGUGGGAAAAAACAAUGGUGGUGGUGGUAUUAGGGUUUAUAAUCGAAUGAAGGAUUUAAAGGUAAUGCCUAAUAGCUUUACAUUCACGUUUCUUUUGAGGUGCUUUGGAUCAUUUGAAGGCACGAGAGAUGGUAUGGCGAUACAUGGAGAGAUUCUGAAGCUGGGUUUAGGUUCUAGUGUGUUUGUGCAGAAUACCCUUUUGGAUUUCUACGUUAAAUGUUGGGGAAGGUUGGAUUUUGCUCGACAGGUGUUCGAUGAAAUGCCCGAGAGAGACAUAGUUUCGUGGAAUUCCAUGAUUGGUGUUUAUAUGGGGCAAGGUGACAUUGAAUCUGCGAUUGGAUUGUUCGAGAGUAUGCCCGAGAGGAAUACCGUAACGUGGAACUCCUUAAUUUCGGGGUUGUGUAAAGCCGGAAAUAUGAAGUUGGCUCUCUCAAUCUUCGAGAGAAUGCCAGUGAGGAAUGAUGUUUCAUGGAACUCUAUGAUUUCUGGAUUCAUAAGGUCGGGUGAUAUGAAGGCUGCACGAUCAAUUUUGGACCGUAUGCCAGAGAAAACUGUAGUCUCUUGGACACUUCUAGUAACAGGAUAUAGUUUGGCACAAGAUCUCGAGUCAGCCAGUAGAAUUUUCCAUCAAAUGCCUGUGAAAAAUAUUGUAUCGUGGAACGCUAUGAUCACGGGUUAUGUUCAUAACCGCAUGUUUGAUCAAGCCCUUGAAUUAUUUCGCAGAAUGUUGAUCGACGGCAAGUGUAGGCCCGAUCAAACGACACUGAUCAGUGUACUAUCAGCAUGUUCUCAUCUCGGUUCUCUUGGACAUGGGAAGUGGAUAGAUUCUUAUAUCAGGAAGAACAGUAUUGAAUUAUCAACUUCGUUAGGCAAUACUUUGAUCGACAUGUUUGCAAAGUGUGGAGAUGUGGAUGGUGCAAAAGCAGUCUUUGACAGCAUGGGUCAUCGGAGAUGUAUUAUUACAUGGACAGCAAUGGUUUCGGGUCUAGCUAUUAAUGGAUGUUGUAAAGAAGCUAUUGAUCUCUUUGACAGGAUGUGCCAAGAGGGAGUUAAACCUGAUGAUGUUAUUUUCAUUUCAGUUCUUUCGGCUUGCACACAUGGGGGGUUAGUAGAAGAGGGUAACAGGGUAUUUGACUGUAUGGUCACACAAUACCAAAUCCAGCCCCGUAUCGAGCAUUAUGGUUGCAUGAUUGAUCUUCUUGGUCGAGCAAGCAAGCUAGAAGAAGCUGUACAACUCAUUGAAAGCAUGCAUCUGACGCCAAAUGCUGUGAUUUGGGCCACACUGCUUAGUGCUUGCAAGAUUCAUGGAAAUGCUAAGUUAUUAGAAGACGUUACCAGAAAGAUUCUUGAUCAGGAGCCGUCAAAUCCAGGCUACUUGACGUUGAUUUCUAAUCUCAGUGCUUCUGUUGGGAAGUGGGAGCAUUCUUCCACCCAUCGUGUCUCAAUGCGACAGCAUGGUUUGGAAAAGGUUCCAGGUUGCAGCUCAAUUCAGGUUGACAACCAGGUUCAUGAAUUCAUUGCCAAAGACUCCAGACAUGAACAAAGAGACAGAAUAUACCGUGCAUUGGAUAUUUUGAACGGACACUUGAAAGAAAUAUGCAACAUGAAACUAGUGUCUUCAUGUUCAUCAUUGUCUGUUGAAGCAGAAGCUAUGUCAUGGUAAUGGUUGAGAUUGUGGGGAGAAGUCCUAUGUGAGGAAUGGCCAUGAAAGACAUCUCUACUCAGAGAGAACAAAGGCAACAAUCAUUGUUGCAGAUGUUUGCUGGAGCUAUCUAUAUCAGCCAGUACCGGAAACUAAACUGGACCUCUGUGAUACCGAAGAAAAAUAUAGCAGAGAUACAGAGUACAGACCACGGAAUUUCUAGUGCUGCAACAGAAAUGUCAUGUGGAUGGAUCAUACGGAUGACUGACUACAGAAGGGGACAAGAUGCAGGGAAUGGGAGGGUUGCUUCUUCUCUGUUUUUUGGCAUCACCAUCGUCAUCAUCAUGUGCAUGAAUAUGGGGGGCCAAAGAGUAUUGGGUGAUGCCCCAGCUGCUCUCCUUUCGGUCUGAUCUGUUUCAGAAAGCCAGAAGAGAAAAUGGGCCUCAGAGUUAUGCAGCCAAAAGUUCAUCGGGUCUUUGGCCCGACUAUAUCUACCAGAAGAACGGAGAAGUCUAUAUGAAUGCUCUUCCCCAAAUGAGGACUCGAAGUCGGGCUGAGAAAGAGUUUUACUCCCUUUGUUACCGGUUGAGCCGCCUAAUAUUGGGUUUAGGGUUUAGAAAACUUGCCUGUAUAGUUCUAACAUUACUGUCUGCGAAGAUCUCUUUGUAUGAUUUUAACAGAAAAUUUGUCUGUAUAUUAACAUAAUCUAGGAACAUACUUGCCCUUUUACCUUUGAGAUUCAUUAGUUGCA